ACAGGUAUUGCCGUCAUAGUUGGCCGUGAGACCCGCCGACGCAGAUAAUACCGCAAUGGGUGUCCACUUCGAACCAGGCUCGUUUCUGAUAUUCUCAUCAUCCGCGUACGCUCGGUCAUUGGCCACCAAACGAUGAUACCUGGUAUGAUCAGAUAGGGAGCAUGGAGAAUACCUCCCCGAUACGUAGCACCUCAUCGGGCGACAGCUCGUCCUCGACCCAGUCGGAACCACGUCGCAAUGCCUCCACCAGCGAGCCAGCAAGAAGGAAGUCCACCAUCUCGACUGUCCUGCACCAGCCCAGCGACAUCUCUGGAAAGAAUGCCAAGCCCAAGCAGUCCCUGCUCGAGAAGGCCACCGCAAUGUGGAUCGCCAACACCGGUAUUGACUCCAAGACGUAUCGAUCUAUGUUCAAGUCGGCCGUUGCCCCCACGAUCACUCUGGCGCUGUUUCAAGUCGACAGCUUCGCCAGCUACUAUACCACCCAGGGAUAUCUCGCGAUUAUCAUGACGAUUCUCACCAUGGUGAUCAUGCCAAGGGCAAAGUUGCUGCAGACCUUGUUGGUCAGCAUCCUACUCGCCUGUCUCGGUGCCGCAGUGGCUCUGCUGGCCAUUUAUUGCUGUGUUGCUGCUCGACGCGGUGACACGAACACUUACAACUCGUCUGCGAGUGCUGUAGCCGCAGUCUGGCUCGGUUUUCAAGUGUUCUGGUUGAGUGUGCUUCGUGCCAAACUACCGCAAUACAACAUCCCUUGUAUCAUGUGGGCCAUCUUCGCGAACGUGAGCAUGAUAUACGGACCUCAGUUUGCCACUAUGGCUCUCGCAAAGUCCUUUGUCAAAAAUCUGCUUGUUAGUUUCUUCACUGGAUUCGGCAUCGGAGCUGGUGUCUCCUUACUCGUGUUCCCCACCAAUAGCCGGCAAGUCGCUUUCGCCGGGAUCACCAGCUACAUUGCAUCUCUGCGUGGCGCUUUGCAGGCCAACUUGAAUUAUAUGCAUAGCCUGGAGCGGGAAGACAUGUUUGCAGCUGCCGCAACCAACACGAUUGGUGAGAAACCUCCCAAGUCUGCCGAGGCCCGUGCCUUCAAGCAGAAGAUGGCAUCGCUUUCCGCGUUGCAUGGAAAGUUGACCACCGAUCUGCCUUUUGCAAAGCGCGAAGUCGCCAUGGGAAAGAUUGGACCAAUGGAAAUGCAGGAGACAUUCCGGCUCUUGCGGAUGAUUAUGAUACCAACGGUCGGCCUCAGCUGUAUGGCUGACAUUUUUGUUCGCAUUGCGGAAACGAGAGGAUGGGAUCGAGACGUUGACUUCUCUGAAGCGAAAGCUGAAGAUGCCACUAACGAAAGUGAAAAGCUUAGGAUCAAGGCUGUCAAUGAUUGGCAUGCUCUCAUGAAGCGCCUCCGAGAACCCUUUGGCCAGAUCACUCAGACCAUUGACGAUGGGUUAGAGCAUGUUCGAGUGGUGCUGCAGCUCGGGGCGAAAACAUGGAAGAAGACGAGAGGAGAGCCAGAUGUCGAAAAGGGAGACGACAAGCCUAAACCUGGAGACGAAGGAUUCGCACAAUCCUUUCUGCUUCAGUCCAAUGCCUUCCACGAAAGUAAGCAAGUGAUGUUACGAGAGUGGUCAUCUUUGCACGGCAUCGAAUUGCCGGAAGGAUUCUUUGAUCAUCCCGAAGGAAUGGACGUCAAGACCCCUGGUUGGAUGCAGGAGGGCAUGCUGACCGAGUCGCACAAGAGACUUCGACGACAGCUCUUCCUAUGCUUGUAUAUGGAGUUUCUACUGAUUAGCAUUGCUCGACGCACGUACAAUCUCAUCGUAGCCGUGGAUACGUUGCGCGCCAAUGGUAAGCUCGACAAGAAGAGAUUGAUCGUACCAGGCUACAAGAGAUCUCGAAAGUGGUUCAUGAGCUUGUUCCGAGGUAAUGAAGAUGCUCAUGAUGACAAUGAUUUUGCUACGGACGGCCAGACACGUCAGGUAUAUCUUGGCGAUGCGUACCAGAGGAGGAAAGACCCGGAGCACUUGCCCCCUGUGAAUGCCUGGGAGAAAUUUGGAGACAACUUGAGAAAGAUUUCGCAUUUCUUCCAGUCUCCUGCUGCUGCGUUCGCACUACGAGCUACUAUUGCAACGAUGAGCAUCGCUAUCAUCAGCUAUCUCCGGGACACGCAAGCAUUUGCUACGUCUGAGCGAUUGUUCUGGGCACAAAUUAUGGCAUCCAUCUCAAUGGUUCCCACUGCUGGUCAGUCUCUCCGCUCAUUCUUCUUCAGAGCCAUUGGCACAGGUCUCGCUAUGGUCACUUCGCUCGUGGCCUGGUACAUUGUCGAUGAGCACACAGCGGGGAUUAUCGUCUUCUUCUUCGUCGUGCAGCACAUCGGCGCGUACAUUAUGCUCAAAUACCCCGUCUACAUUCAGGUAGGAGUGAUUUUCCAAAUCACCAACUCGCUCAUCGUUGGCUAUGAGCUAGAAGCCCGGAAAUUGGGGGUGGAUGUGGCGACAAGUAACGGGCAAGCGUACUAUCCCAUCUAUGUGCUUGGGCCGAUACGACUCGCAACCGUGUGUGCCGGCAUUCUCGUGGCCUGGAUCUUCACGUGGUUUCCAUAUCCGAUCAGCGAACACAACGUACUGCGGAAGCAGCUCGGGUCGUCACUCUACCUGCUGGCCAACUAUUACUCGGUCAUGCACGAGACGCUUCGCGUGAGGCUUCGGAAUGCACAAGGCGAUAUGGCUUCCAAACACAGUCCCGGACGCAGGCUGGAGAAAGCACGCAACAAGAUCUACUCCAAAGCCAGCUUGACCAUUGCCAGCCUUCGUGUGCAAGCUCAGGUGGUCAAAUUUGACAUACCCAUCGGAGGCAAGUUCCCACAAGAGCGGUAUUCGCGACUGGUGAACCAUUUGCAAAGCAUUCUCAAUUUCAUGUCUCUGGUCUCAGUGGCAUCAUACAGCUUUCAAGAGCUCCGUUCGGACCAGGGAAGUGAGCAUGGAUUUGCGUGGUUGCGCGACCUUGAAACCCUUCUCCGUAAUGCAAGUUACACCAGUGAGCAGGUCACCACUCUACUGACACUCCUGUCGGCCUCUAUCACCACCCAGCAAGCGCUGCCUCCGUAUUUGCGAGUGCCGGAGCCUUUUAGCUUAAGUCAGAAGCUGGACGACCUGGACCAGGACAUUCUGUCGAUACGACACAUUGCCGAGCCCGGGUAUGCAAGCUUCGCUGUGGUCCAGAUUGGGACCCGGUUCAUCUAUGAAGACUUGCAUCGGCUCGUGGCUGAGAUCAAGGAACUGGUGGGCGAGCUGGACUUCAGUUUCCACAUUGUCUCCACCUCUGAUCCUUCGAGAGAAGAAGAAGAAGAGAGGCUAGUCCUGACCAAGACACGGGACACUGGAGGCCGGCCGAAGCAGGACUGAGUGCAUCGGCUUUCAGUCUUCACGACGACUUUUUAGUAACAGACCACAGUGCGGCCAGCAUAUAGGAAGUCCUUAUCUCGAUCAUCACGGUGUUUUUUUUUUCUUCGAUUCCCCCUGGCAAGUGACAUGGUGGCCUCAACGCUGUCGCCUUGCUAGAGACUAUAAUAGAGUGGUAUUGAGCAGAAGCGAAGCCAAGAGAAACGGGCCGACAGCGAGAUUUGUGCGGGUAUUCUGUCGUCCAUAUGAGCUCAUGCGAUGUGUAGUUGCAACCGCGGACCCAUCAUGGAGGCCCUUGAUCGGAGCCCGAUUGACAACCGGGACGUUCGUCGGCGCCUUUGGGGCUUGGCCAAGUAUUCACUCCAACUCAAGCUUUGCAACGUGCUACGGCUCCUUGGUUCCAGAGAAAGGCGGAACACGUCUGUACCAGGAGUACGGC